CACACACACAUGCAGAGAGAGUCAGAUCUUUGGAGUCCCUUGGAUUAUUAGUAAAUGCAUUUAUUUUCUAUUUGAAUUUUAUUACAUGAAGAACGAGAAGAAGAAAAUACCUAACUUGACUCUUCAUUGUUUUUCCCUGACUGCUUUUUCAAUAUACUUCUUAACAAAUGCGUGUGUGUGUGUUUGUGUGCGCAUGUCUGCUGUUUGGUAAAUCACCCUGAACCGGUUUAAAGAUUCAACCUGCAAACUUCUUAUUCUCUAAAUCAAGAUGAUCGACUUUGGUCAGAUAUUAUCAGCUAUCGGGGAGUUCGGCCCGUUCCAGAAGCGCCUGCUGGGGGUCAUAUGCCUCCCCACCAUCUUCUCGGCUUUCCACAUGUUUUGCCAGGUGUUUACCGGCCUGAGUUUCCCACACAACUGCAACACCAACUGGAUUCGGAAACAGGGGCCAAACUUGACGUACGAGGAGCAGCUCAAUUUGACCGUCCCUAAAGACCAGGCUGGAAGGUACGAGAGCUGUCAAAUGUUCAUGCCUGUUGAACUUGACCUUGAAACCAUUAAAGCCUACGGAUUAAACGCUACAGAGAGAUGCACCGAUGGCUGGAUAUUUGAAACGCCUCAAGGAACCAGCACCUUGAUUACUGAAUUUGACUUGGUGUGUGACAAUAAGAGUCUAAGUGAGACCUCUCAAUCGAUCUACAUGGCUGGACUCCUCGUCGGGGCUUUGGUGUUCGGGCCAUUGUCUGACAAAUACGGCCGGCGUUUUGUUCUGCUCAUCUCGUUGACCUUGCAGUUUUUGUUCGGCGUGAGUGCUGCUUUCUCCCCCAAUUUCUACGUCUACAUUGCUCUCCGCUUUGUGCUGGGCAUCACCAUCUCCGCCAUCACCAUCACUACCAACAUCAUAGGCCCUGAGUGGUGUGGUGCAUCACGUCGCUCUCUCUUCACCAUCAUUUCUCAUUGUAACUUUGCCCUGGGGCUGAUGAUACUUUCUGGGUUGGCCUACGGAAUCCGCAAUUGGAGGACCCUUCAAUUAGUUAUGUCCACUCCAAUCGUGCUCCUCGGCGUUUACUUUUGGAUCCUGCCAGAGUCUGCUCGAUGGCUCCUGACUCAGGGCAGACAAGAGGAAGCAAAGAAGAUAAUCCUGAACGCAGCCCGCAUCAACGGCAGGAAGGUUUCGGACUCUCUGCUGGUAAAGCUGGAGGCAGAGAACACAGUCAGAACGGGUACCAUGCUGGACCUUUUCCGAGUGCCGAGUCUGAGAAAGAGGACGCUGAUCAUGUGCUACAUCUGGUUUGUGAUCAGCCUGGUAUACUAUGGAAUCAGUCUGAAUGUAGGAAACUUUGGCCUGGACAUUUACCUGACACAGCUCAUCUUUGGCAUCGUAGAGCUUCCUGCUCGCCUCAGCUGCUACCCGCUUGUUGAACGCUUUGGCAGAAAGAAAUCUCAGAGUGCAGCUUUGUUUCUUGGUGGAACUGCAUGUCUCGUCAUUCUUGCCAUCCCAUCAGAAUACCCCAUAGCGGUGACUGUAAUCGCAGUGGUGGGGAAAUUCUCACUUGCCGCCUCCUUUACUAUAGUGUAUGUGUACACUGCUGAGCUGUACCCCACUGUAGUGAGGCAGAACGGGGCAGGAUUAAACGCCAUGUUCGCCCGUGUGGGAGGGAUUCUGGCUCCUCUAAUUGGUCUACUGGAGGUCUAUCAUUACGCCAUUCCCAUGGUCAUCUGUGGGAGUUUGCCGUUUCUUGCUGGAGCGCUUUGCUUUAUGCUUCCUGAGACCCUAAACACCGAGCUUCUGGAUCACACUGAUGCUCUCAUGGAUAAGACGACAUCAAAGAAGGAAAGUGUUGAAAAUGGAAAUAACCCACAAGAAAAUAUAAAAGAGUCACCGAGGAGCACUAAAUUAUAAAGCUGUUUGUUGAAAUAAUUUCAUAAACUUGUCUAGAAGCUUGA